UGAAUGUGUAUUUAUUAGGAAAUAAUGUUCAGGCAGCAUAUGUGAACAGAAUGAAGGAGUUCUGGAUGAACUCUGGUCUGUCUAGUAUAAAGUUUGUAUGUUGAUCUCACAGCUUUGAUGUCACCGCGUAUUGUUGUGUAUCGUCAGUCGGACGCCGCUUUUGUCUUUGAUGUGUUGAGCUGUUUGUUUAUUACGUCUCUCUCUGUGUGUGUCUCUCUCUCUCUCUCUCUCUGUGUGUGUGUGUGUGUGUGUGUCUCUCUCUCUCUCUCUCUGUCUCUCUCUCUCUCUCUCUCUCUCUCUCUCUGUGUGUCUCUCUCUCUCUCUCUCUCUCUCUCUCUCUCUCUCAUUCGUGUGUUGAUGUAGGUCGGGCGGGUUUGGUUUAGUUCGGUUCGGGUCGGAAUGCAGUCAUCAUCGGCAUCAGUAUUUCUCAUUGUUGUCUCUGGUGUUUCUCUCGCUUUGGCCUGUAAUAAAGCGCUGUGUGCCAGUGAUGUCAGCAAAUGUCUCAUUCAGGAGUUGUGUCAGUGUCGACUUCAGGAUGGGAAUUGUUCGUGUUGUAAGGACUGUAUGAUGUGUUUGGGCUCUCUGUGGGAGGAAUGCUGUGAUUGUGUGGGGAUGUGCAACCCUAAAAACUACAGCGACACACCGGCCACCGCUAAGAGCACAGUGGAGGAGCUGUACAGACCCAUCCCGUCUCUGUUCAGAGCUCUGACGGAGGGAGACUCGCCCGUCAACAUGAUGGUCGUCUCUUUUCCUGUAGCUGAAGAGCUCUCCUAUCACGAUAGUCUGGUCUCUUUCCUGGAGACGAUGGACAACACGCAUCCCAACAUCUCGCUGCCCGGCAACAGCAUCCACGCCAGCUAUGACAAUACUCAAGAUAAAAUGUGCACGGUUGUGUACUUUGAUGACUGCGUGUCUAUUGGUCAGUGUAAGCUGUACUGUGAGUCUAUGGGCGGCUCCAAGUAUCGCUGGUUCCACAACGCCUGCUGUGAAUGCAUCGGUCCCGAGUGUGUCGACUACGGCAGCAAAUCAGCCAAAUGCAUGAACUGUCUUUACUGACCUGAGAUCAUCUUUAGAAGACACAUCACUUCAAUCAUGUACAUUUAAGUCCUCUUUUAUUUUUUCACAUAAUGAUAUAUUUUAGUGUCCAAGCAAAGGCUUUUGGAUGUGUAUAUUUUUGUAGGCGAUUUGAUAUGGUCAGAUGUUGUUUCUGGUUGUUCACACUAGAAGUGUCACAUAAAUACUCUUGAUAGCACAAGGAGAACCACACCAUUUUAAUUUAAACUCUGAGAUCUGAUGUUUCAUCUCAUCAUGUUUAUCCUCUGUCAGUCAUCUGCCUGUCAUUCAUCAUCAUAGCUUGGACGUGAUGUUACAUGCACAGAUGAUUUUUAAGUUGACAAAGACAAAGAGAAAGUUUGUUCUUCUGUUUGACAAAUAAAAGCAGAUGAAGCAGAGCACAAAUCAAAAGUAUUUUAAUAAAACAUGUAAAUGAAAUCGUCAUGUGUUUGAAAUGUUGUGGAGUUUCAGUAGAUAUGUUCUGUUCAAUGGUGAAUUUGUUUAAAAACAAAGGAAAACAAAUGGAAAGAAAAUCAAAGCAUUGUAAAUGUAUUUGUCACGUGAUAACACAUCAUACGCUCUUCAUCUGACUGUCAUUGUCAUUUGAAGAAGCUGAAUUGGUCAGAAAAGACCAAACAUAAAAUUUCCAAACAAAAUGUAAAAAUGAUGACUGUAAUGUCUGUCUC